GUUUUCCUACGAGCCAAUCCGCAUCACGCGCGCCUCCCUACGUCAGCAAGCCACGCGCCAAAAUUUGUUUGAGUGCGGAAGGCGCGAUAAGAAAACCAGCGGCGCCUCCUGUCUUCUUCAAGAUCCGUCUUUCACCGCGAGCGACCUUGCUCAACAGCUCCUCGUCAGUAUGUCCCAGCCGGCAGGAUAUUCCCCCAGCUUCAAACGACCCGCGGACAUCAUGCGGAAGAGGUGGAGGAGAUCCCGAAGCGACGCCGGUGUCCCCUCCAGCCCGAGCGGACCGGAGUCCGCUGGCAGCCCGGGACGAAGCGGCUCAUCCCCGGCGUGCGUCCGGCCGUUUUCCCCGGGCCCGCUGUUCAGCCGAGGGGGCACCAAGCGCAGGAACCCGUUCUCCAGCAUCGAGAACACGUACAGCCCCAAAAAGAAGAUCCACAUUCUGAACGAGGACGCGAAACCCGGCGACGAUCAGGAGGAGGACGUGUCAACAAAGAGAGAGUGUCGAGGAGUCUCGUCCUUCAGUGCGAGUCUGACCGAGGCAGAGAGACACGAGCACCGAGAGGUGUCCUCCAGGAAAUGUCUCACUGUCUCUGAGGAUGACUCUCUGUUUGAAGAAGAGGAUGAAGACGUUAAAAGUCCACUCCUGAAGAGUCCACAGGCCAUUGCUCCUGCCUCCAUAGCUCCUCCCGUCUGCACAGAGUAUCCAGCAGACUGGAGCCUGAAGACUCGCCUCCUCUUCACCUCCCCGCUCCCCCUGUCGUGGGCCGAGCAGCCCAAAGCCCAGGAGGAGGCUCUUGGGCUCAGCCAGCAUUGUAGAGCUCAGUUCACCACCCUGCCUCACAGUCUACAGGAUCCCAGGUCCUGCUCUGAGCUUCGUUGUGCCUUCCAGCAGUGUCUGGUCUACUGGCAGCAUCCCUCCCUGCCCUGGAUCUCUCUGUUCCCCCGGAUCAAUGCUGAGAGGCGCUUCACAGGGAAGAGCACCCCCUGGGCACAAAAUGCAUCACUGCAGCAGAGUCUCAUGAGCGAAUGGUCAGUCAGUCUAUCAUCUCUCUACAGUCUCCUGAAGGCCAGACAGUGUCCUUACUUCUACCUCUGCUCCUAUCAGUUUACAGUGUUGUUCAGGGCAGCAGGUCUCGGUGAGUCCAGCACCAUCACCGCCUUGAUUACUCCGACAACUCGAGGUCUCAGAGAGGCAAUGAAGGCUGAAGGACCUAUCCUCCCUUCGUCUCUCCACACCAUCACGACCCUUCUCCGGCCCGCGCAGAAGGGAAACUACUCAGCUACUCUUUACACGCACGCGCCUACCGCUGUCAUGAACAUAAGCACCACCAAGCAACAUAGUGCCAACUGCCCGGUGGACGUGUCCGGUUGCGGCCUCCAUCCUGCCUCCCUCCAGCAGCUGCAGCAGCCGUCCAGCCUGGGCAAGACUGCCCUGACACACAUCAGCUUGAACAACUACAGCUACACCUGGAAGAACUGAAGGGAGCCGGAAUCGGACGGCUCGUUAAACCAUUUCUGGUCUUAAAAUGUCUUUUAAAACAGAUUUUAUUUCCUUACAGUUUUUUAAAGCGAUUGAAUAAUUCUGAAUUUAUUUUAAAGUUCAUAAAUGUAUUGUUCCGGCUGCUAAUUUGUCAAUAAAUUGUAUUUGUAUCUUUGAUUGCUCAAUUUUAUUAUUAGUGUUUGGUACUGGAUUGCUGUGGGUAUAAAUGAAUCUGGAAUAUAUUCGCUCAGGAAUAGUUUUUUUUAGCUUUUUAUUCUGAAAACCAUCCGAAGAGACGCAUAUACUGUAUAAGACUGAUGGAAAGCUUCUGUCUGUAACAAUACAAUGUAGAGUUUGAAAGAUUCAGUUACUGGGUGAUCUUGGUUUGUCUUUUCUUCUUAAUAAAAUGACAGAAUAUUG